ACUAAUGAGGGAUUAAAUUAUCCCCAUUUAUGUCGUCUUCUAAUCACCUUGGGUUCAAAGGCACUCAGGGCAACCUUUGACAAAAUAAUUCCACCACAGAGUCUUCAAAGGUGUUUGAAACAUCAAGCACACUCUAAACUGUUGUUACUUCGAAAGCGAGGGGUGUUAAACUUACUCCAGUGGAGUAAAUUGUAUCCUUCUUCAUCCUCUGAAGUGACAUCUGCAAGCUUUGAUAUCCCCCUCUUGAUAGUGCUCUUAAGGACAAUCUGUAAUCUGAAUCCUCCACCCGCUGGCUGGGACACACCUCCUCUCACAGCAGACACCAGUCGUGAGUCCGACAUUGUCCGUGUUAGGUGUUUCAUGAAUGCUGUGUCUAAACAUGCUGGAGACGGCUUCAUCAAUGAUGCUGUGUUCAGUAACUACUGGCAGCAGAUUUGUGACACUUUGUUGAGAUUGGGAGGAGCCCAUUAUGGAGAUGCCAUUGACGAAAUAAGGGAUCAGGAAAUGGACCCUCUGGAGGAAGAACAUUUCAGGGAACUUCUAAAGCAGUGGAAGAAAGUGGAGGAUGAUAUCAAAGACAAUCUGAAUGAACUCGAAAGCGAAUUUAAACAGUCAGGUUAG